AGAGCCUCAAUAGCCGUUACAGUUGAAAAUAAUAUCUGAGAGAUAUCUUAUGGCUAUCUUCGCGAACUCAACGUCUCUUUCGUUGAGCAAGGCUCUAGACGUCAAGAAACGUCUCUUUCAAGGUUUUGAUUCCCUCAAACAGCUCAAACAUGUCCACGCAGUGCUUCUCCGCCUCGGCCUCGACGAGGACAACUAUCUCCUGAACAUGACCUUGCGCUUCAGCUUUGAUUUUGGUGACACACGCUACACUCGUCUUCUCUUUAACCAAAUCAAACAACCCAAUAUUUUCCUCUGGAAUACCAUGAUUCGUGGCUUAGUUUCUAAUGAUUGCUUUACAGAGUCCAUAGAAUUUUUCCAUUCAAUGAGGAAAGAAGGGUUUUUACCUAAUAAUUUCACUUUCCCAUUUGUCCUAAAGGCAUGUGCGAGGCUCUCCCAUUUUCGUUUUGGAAUAAUUCUGCAUGCGUUUGUGGUUAAAGUGGGUUUUGAUUCUGACGUGUUUGUUAAUACCAGUUUAGUUAGUUUGUAUGUGAAGUGCGGCUAUAUAGAACAUGCCUUUAAGGUAUUUGAUGAUAUUCCUUGCAAAAAUAUUGUGUCAUGGACUGCGAUAAUAAGCGGAUACAUAGCUGUUGGCAAAUGUAGGGAGGCCAUUGAUAUGUUUCGUAGGUUGUUGGAGAUGGGUUUGAGGCCAGACAGUUUCACUCUUGUACGCGUCCUGUCUGCCUGCGUGCAAAUUGGGGACGUAGGGAGUGGAGAUUGGAUAGAUAGAUAUAUAACAGGAAUUGGCAUGGCAAGAAACGUGUUUGUCGCUACUUCUUUAGUGGAUUUGUACGCCAAGUAUGGAAAUAUGGAAAAAGCGCGUCGUGUGUUUGAUGGGAUGGGAGAGAAGGACAUUGUUACCUGGAGUUCCAUGAUUCAGGGUUAUGCUUCCAAUGGGCUGCCUAAAGAAGCCCUGGACCUCUUUUUUAAGAUGUUGAAUGAGGGUUUGAAACCUGAUCGCUAUGCCAUGGUUGGAUUUCUCUGUGCUUGUGCAAGGUUAGGAGCACUAGAAUUAGGAGACUGGGGUAGCAAUUUGAUGGAUAGAAAUGAGUUCUUGGCUAAUCCAGUCUUGGGUACUGCAUUAGUUGACAUGUAUGCAAAAUGUGGAAGUAUGGCUAAGGCCUGGGAAGUUUUUAGAGGAGUUAAGGAGAAAGAUAGAGUGGUUUGGAAUGCUGCUAUAUCAGGUCUUGCCAUGAAUGGACAUGUGAAAGCUGCAUUUGGGCUUUUUGGCCAAAUGGAGAAGUUUGGAAUUCAACCAGAUGGGAACACUCUUGUAGGCUUACUCUGUGGCUGUACUCAUGCUGGUUUAGUUGAUGAUGGUCGCCAAUUUUUCAAUAGCAUGGGUCCUGUUUUUCCCUUCACUCCAACAAUUGAGCAUUACGGAUGCAUGGUGGAUCUUCUUGGUCGUGCAGGUUUGUUAGAUGAAGCUCACCACCUGAUUAAAAGUAUGCCAAUGAAAGCCAAUGCUAUUGUCUGGGGAGCCUUGCUGGGUGGAUGUAGGCUGCAUCGAGACACUCAGUUGGCAGAGCAUGUAUUGAAACAGCUCAUAGCAUUAGAACCAUGGAACUCAGGAAAUUAUGUUCUCCUUUCAAAUAUAUAUUCUUCAGGUCAUAAAUGGGAUGAUGCAGCAAAAAUUAGGUCGAUCAUGAAUGACAAAGGGAUCCAGAAAAUACCUGGGUGCAGUUGGAUAGAAUUCAAUGGAAUUGUUCAUGAAUUCCUGGUUGGUGAUAAGUCCCAUCCCUUAUCAGAUAGUAUAUAUGCAAAACUUGGUGAAUUGGAGAAGGCCCUAAAAGCAGCUGGCUAUGUACCAAAAACAGAUAAUGUACUGUUUGAUAUAGAAGAGGAGGAGAAAGAGCAUUUCCUUGGUUGUCACAGUGAGAAGCUGGCUAUAGCUUUUGGUCUCAUAAGCACAGAUCCUAAGCAUACAAUUCGAGUUGUAAAAAACCUUCGUGUUUGUGGUGAUUGUCAUGAGGCCAUAAAGCUUAUUUCUAGAAUUUCAGGUAGAGCGAUAAUUGUUAGGGAUAAUAAUCGAUUCCAUUAUUUCUCUGAAGGUUUGUGCUCAUGCAAGGAGUACUGGUAAAAUUAGAUGUAAAUCACAGCCAUGGAUUUAAGCCUCAUAUUCAACAGCUUGAGGGUAACUCAUCCAUUGCAAAUGGCAUCUUUCUCAAACAGAUCAAUCAUCAUUCUUUACCAAUGCAGGUUAGAAAACUAUCUGUAUCUCUAUUUUUGUAUGCAGUGCUGACUGUCUAUUGCUGGUAAGUUCAUACUUCAUAGAGUUAAUUGGACUGUGUGAAGCAUAUAUAGGGAAAUUUAUGAACAUUUUCUUGCAACCAGGGAUUUGAAUCUUCUACUUUUGGUGCUUGCACUAAUUUGAAAUUAUCAGAAGCACCAAGAGAAUCAGCAAAAUGUUUAUUUGCAAUAACAAGUUGUUCAUCUUGUCAUCCUUCGCAACUAUGCGUUUUGCCCAUGUGCAUACAUAUGGAAAUGGUCUGAUGCUCUCUUAUUGUUUAAAAGUAUCAACAGAUUAAGCGAUUAAGAUAUUGGUUUGUGUAUUUCCUUUUAGUUAACAAGCUUUAUAAUUCUCAAAUAAUGCUUUAGUCUGUUAUUGAUUAUUUUGCUUUCUAAGUCAAGAUAAGAAGAAUUAACAUUUGAAUUGACAACCUAAAGGCCAUUAUCUUUUAAAUGCAUAAUUUGGUUGCAGAUGUCAACUGGAAUCCUAAUUUUCGCGUGGAAUGGAACUGAGCAUGAUCAUUUGUUAAGACUUGCCUUGUUUUAUAAUGGAUCAUAAAGAAUUCCGUUCCUACUAUUAUUCCUUGGACAAUUUGAUGUUGCAGGGGCUGGAGCCUGGAGCAUGUUUUCAUUGUCCCAUUCAUCUAUCAUUCUUCAAAUUUUGCUGCAGUAUUCUCUGGAAAUACCAACAAUAGAUUUUCAAGGAGAGAAGGAAGUAUGAAAAGUGAAGAUUGCAUCAGUUAUUUUUGGAGGAGCCGGUUGAGAAUGGUCAUUCUGACCCUGCACCUCUUGUGAAAUUGAAGAGAAGGCAUCUAGAUGGAUCUCCAUUUGAUCUGAAACCUGGAAAAAGUUACAUGGA